AUGAAAAAUGUAAGCGAUAUUUUGCCUGAUAAAGAAACGAACUUUUACUUAAUAACUAUCGCUUAUGACGGCACCACUCAACCAAACAAAUUAACCGUCCAGAGCUGUAUUGAAACAAUUUUAAGUCGGGUUUUUAAAAAAAAAAUUAAUAUUUUAGCCGCUAGCCGUACUGAUAAAGGGGUUCAUGCUCGCGAGCAAAAAUUCACUUUACGGAUUAAUUUAGAUUUUUCCCCAAAAAAGUUAUUCAAUUUAUUAAAAAAAGUUCUCAGCAAAUACGUUUUAGUCAAAAAAGUCCAGAAGGUAGAUAAUAAUUUUCAUCCUAUUCGUAAUGUUUUCAGUAAAGAAUACCGCUAUUUUAUUAAUACUAGCAAACAUAAUAUUUGGCAAAAAAAAUAUCGAUGGGAGUAUAAUUUGCCAAUUAUCACCAAAAAAUUAAAUGAUAUUCUCCGAAUUUUCCAGGGCCGACACAAUUUUUUUAAUUAUUCUUAUUGUCGUUGA